AUGGAGAAAAAUUCUCGUUUCGAGUCACAAAUUGCUUUGAAUGCUAAAGCUCUUCAUGAGCUUAGCCCACUUGUGGUUAAAAUAUCUCAAGACAAUAUGGCAUCUCAUGGAGGUCUAGUGGAAGAAAGCCUUCCUGCCGUUAUACAGGGGCUUAAUCGAGCAAUAGUUAAAAGCGACGUCUUGUGGGCUCUUGGAUCAACUGUCGUACUUGGCCUCAGCGAAGAGAUAGCCAUGAAAGCUGGUUGUGGCAUCGACAUCGACCACAUUCCAAUGAUGAAUUACAUCAAAACACGAGUUCCCCGGCUUCGAGCACCACAUAUACAUGGAGUCCUCCAGGAUGGUCGCCGUAGCUUUGUGUUCAUGACUCGCAUUAAAGGCGAGCCACUUGACAGAGUUUGGAAAACGCUCGAUAACUCCCAGAAGGAAUCUAUCAAAGAGCAAUUAGAGAUCAUGUUCUCUGGCAUCAGAUCACUAACCCCACCUCCUUCAGACGAGCCACAUGCCCUUCUUGGUGGUGGCAUUCCGAGGAGAUGCCGAGAUGCAAGGAGGCAUGUACGAGUCGCAGAGAAACCUAUUGAAAGUAUGGUCGAGUUCAACCUGUUCCUUACCACUGAUCCAAAUCGUACGGAGACUGGGAGGUUAAAAAUGAUCCGCUCAUUCCUUUCCUCCGAUCAUAAAUUUGUUAUGACGCACGGUGACCUCCAUCCCCGCAAUAUCAUGGUCAUUACAUCCAAUAUACUUCCGUCGGACGUUUUUACGCCGUUGGUUAAGGUUACGGGUUUGCUAGACUGGGAGAUGUGUGGCUAUUAUCCUGAUUAUUGGGAGUAUGUGAAAGCAUUACAUACUAUUCACCCUGGGGAUGGUUUUGACGAUUGGUGGAAUUAUCUCCCAGCUUCGAUUGGAGUAUGGCCCAAGGAGUAUAGUGUCGACGAGCUCAUAAGUCGUUGGAGAGGCUAA